CAACGCUGCUCCAAAGAAAAAGUUUUGUAAAAUAUGGCGACCGGGCAACAUUAAGAUAAUUUUUGUUAAAAAUUUAAUGUUUUUUAAGAAAAAAGUUUAUAAAAAUCUAUAGAAAAUGUGUUGAUAACAAUUGUGAAUGCAUUGUAAACAACAGCAAGUAAAAAUAUUUUUCAUAUUGAAUGAGGUAUACAUAAAAUGUGGAACAUGAUGUGCGAUGUGAUGCCAACUAUUUCUGAGGACAGCAUCUCCCAAAGAUCGUCACAAUUUAGUGGCGAAGAUGCUAACUUUGAACAGCUUAUGGUGUCCAUGCUCGAUGAGCGGGACAAGUUGAUGGACAGCUUAAGGGAGGCCCAAGAACGCCUAAGUGAAACGGAACAAAAGCUUCAUGAGAUCGAAAAGGAAAGGGAUAGUUUACAACGCCAAAUAAAUGCAAAUUUGCCACAGGAAUUUGCCACUUUGACCAAAGAACUUACACAGGCCCGUGAAACGUUAUUGGAACGUGAUGAAGAAAUUGGCGAACUUAAAGCAGAACGCAAUAAUACCAGGCUGCUUUUGGAACAUUUGGAAUGCUUGGUUUCGCGGCAUGAACGUUCCUUACGCAUGACUGUCGUUAAACGACAGGCUGCUGCUCAGAGUGGUGUCUCCAGCGAGGUAGAAGUUUUAAAGGCCUUAAAAAGUCUUUUCGAACAUCAUAAAGCUCUGGAUGAAAAGGUUCGCGAACGUCUACGUGUAUCAUUGGAACGUAACAAUUCAUUAGAAGCUGAGCUAAACUCUACCAAAGAAGAGCUUCAACAAUACAAAUCAGGUGCAAUGCAAGCUUUACGUGAUAACAAUACUGAAAAUGGUGUCAGCGAAAAGAAUUCAUUAACCUUAAAUGGAGAAAGUAAUGAAUCAUCAGCCAUAAAUGCGGCCAAUGAUUAUGCUGCCAAAACCCAUGAAUUGCAAACAAUCAUUGAGAAGCAGACCUCUGAAUUAUCCGAAUGGCAACGUCGAGUAUCGGCACUUAAAAAUAAAUGCGAUGAAUUGGAUGAAAGUUUAGCCAAAGUUCAAAAAGAUUAUAUGAAAUCCCAGGAACAAUGUUCAAAACUACAAAGAGAUUUAAGAGAAAAUGUAGCACAAAAAGAAGAUCAGGAGGAACGUAUAGCGACACUAGAAAAACGAUAUUUAAAUGCACAACGUGAAUCUACAUCAUUGCAUGAUUUGAAUGAGAAAUUAGAACAAGAACUACGGCACAAAGAGGCGCAAUUAAAGUUACACGAGGAGAAGAUUAGUGCCAUAGAAGAGAAAUUGGAAUUGUCGGAACAGAAGUUGGCCCAACAGGCCAAAUUACAACCAGAUAUGGAGGAGCAACUUAAAGCACGUAUGGAAGCUUUAACAAAGGUAGGAAAUAAGGCUCAAGAGCGCCAUGGCUCGGCUGAAGAUCGUAUACAAAGACUGGAGGCCAAUUUGGAGGAGAAGAAUGCGGAAGUAGUUAGACUUAACCAAAGACUUAAAAUGAAUGAGGAGCACAAUAUAAGAUUGUCCUCUACCGUUGACAAGCUACUGUCCGAGUCGAAUGAGCGUUUGCAAGUGCACUUGAAAGAACGUAUGCAUGCAUUGGACGAAAAGAAUGCUCUAACGCAAGAGCUAGAAAAGGCCCGCAAAGUGGCCGAAGAGUUGCACCAUGAAAAGAGUGAAAUUAUGAAAGAACUCUCAAAGACACGCUUAGAAAUUGAAAACUUUAAGCGACAACUGCUGCAGCAAGAAAUAGCCUAUAAUAUACAACAAACAGAGGCUCUUACGCGUAGCUUAUCACCCAGUAGCGUAGUGGACGGACCACAGGCAUUUUCACGCAGUGCUUCCCAUGCUAGUUUCGAGACUCAUUCUUUGCGGCGCAACAAGUCUCGUUUGCAGGAAGAAAGUGAAAAGUUUCAUCGUUCAAUGGCCGAACAGGAAUGGGAGAAGCUACAACAGGCUCAUGCCCAGCAGGCGGCCUAUGAGAUUUCGGUGGCAGCUGCUGAAUGUGAAGAGGCUCAGGCAGCUCUCUUUGGCGAUGCUGAUAUGAUGUCACCCACGGGUCAUACGGAUGCCCAGACAUUAGCCAUGAUGUUGCAGGAGCAACUAGAUGCCAUAAAUAAUGAAAUAAGAUUAAUACAAGAAGAGAAACAAUCAACAGAGGCUCGUGCUGAAGAACUUGAAUCACGUGUUGGUAGUUUAGAGCAUGUUAAUCUAUUAGCUCGUGGUCGUUCUAUGGAUCGUCAGAGUCCACCCAUGAGUGGUCGUAGUACUCCCAAUAGUCCCAAUAGAGAUUUUAUGCAGAAAUAUCAUACUCUCAAUCUCCCCGUCUUAUCAAGCGAUGUUUCGCGUGAUGACAUACAUGGCAUGGCAUCUAAUACCGGUGACUCUAGUUCAGGUGGAGCUGCAUCUCCUUUAACUGCACGCUCAAUGCGCUUAGAACGUGUUGCUCAGGCACUGGCUCACAGCCAAGAAGAACUUCGUAGGCGUUCGAUGGGCCUAUCGCCCAACCAGCAAAUGGCUAACAACUCAGGUCACAUGACUAUAGCCCACACCGGCUACGGUCUCUCGCCAUUAAGCUCUCGUUAUGGCAGCCAAGAAUCAUUAAGCCGUCACUUCAAUACCAUGGGUUCCAUGUCUAUGCUGCAGACGCCCACAAAUGCUGUGGGGCGAGAUUCUGCGUCGGUGGUGCAAAAGAAAAAGGGUAUCAAAUCUAGUUUAGGUAGAUUCUUUAGUAAAAAGGAAAAAGUUAAGGGUGUCAAGGACACACUACCCGAUGGUUCGCCUAGCAUGAUGUCGAUUGGCAAUCUGUCAAUGGGCUUAAGUGAAACCGAAUCAAACUAUGAUGCCAUGAGUAUGACAGGAGGUAUGAUGCCACGCAUAGCUAGUGUGCCCGGCUCGAAAAUAUCUUCAGUCGAUUAUGGAAGACAAAAGAAAGACCACGAUUAUCGCAAUGAUUUGCUGGGAGAGGCUAUGAAAGCGGGCACACCAUUUGCUUUAUGGAAUGGACCCACCAUUGUUGCUUGGCUGGAGUUGUGGGUGGGUAUGCCAGCUUGGUAUGUGGCUGCCUGCAGAGCUAAUGUUAAAAGUGGAGCCAUUAUGAGUGCCCUCAGUGACACUGAAAUACAAAGAGAAAUUGGCAUAAGCAAUCCCUUGCACAGACUUAAAUUACGUCUGGCCAUUCAGGAAAUGGUUUCAUUAACUUCACCCUCGGCGCCGCAAACAUCACGAACAACUUUAGCAUUUGGUGACAUGAAUCACGAAUGGAUUGGUAAUUAUUGGCUGCCGGGUUUGGGCCUACCGCAAUAUCGCACAACAUUUAUGGAGUGUCUAGUCGAUGCUCGUAUGCUAGAUCAUUUAACGAAAAAAGAUCUUAGGGGACAACUCAAAAUGGUUGAUAGCUUUCAUCGUACAAGUCUACAGUAUGGCAUAUCGUGCCUAAAACGUCUUAACUACGAUCGCAAUGAACUCGAGCAUAGAAGAAAAAUGUGUGAGAAUGGUUUGUGUGAUGUUUUAGUUUGGAGUAAUGAACGUGUUAUACGUUAUAUUUCCAGUAUUGGUUUAAAGGAAUAUGCAAAUAAUUUACUGGAAUCCGGUGUACAUGGAGCUUUAAUAGCUUUAGAUGAAAGUUUCGAUGCCCAAGCAAUGGCCUUGGCCUUACAAAUACCAACACAAAAUGCUCAGGCUCGCCAAAUUUUAGAUACGGAAUUUAAUAAUCUAUUACAAAUUGCCACAGAUCGUAGGCCCGAAAAUGAGCAACUUAAUAAAUCUUGAUCUUAUUCUCCAACCAAUAACCAACUACAGUUAUAUGCCCCCAGCGAUCCUUAGGCUAACAAUAUAGAGCUUGGUAAAAACGCAUUACAUGACUAGAAACAUAGAAACAACAACAAAAACAACAUAAAUUGGGUCUGAAAAUGUAAUUUAAACUAAGCCUUUUUGAAGCCUUUAAAAAGUCGUCUACGUGUGUUCAUGUUUAAACCAAAAUUUAAAGUGUAACGCAAAUUUGAAAAACAAAACAAAAUAUUUAUUGCAAUACUAACUACUAUUACUACUCUGUUGUUAUACAUAAAACAACAAAGAAACAUAAUACAUACAUACAUACUUAUUUUUGUUAAGUAUGUGAUUAAAUUUAAAACAUAAAAAACAAACCAAACAAACAAAAAAAAAACAUAACAAAUGCCUACAUACUCUCCUCGAAAAUUCGUUAAAUAUAACUAAAUAUAUUUAAGCCUUGCUUCUUACCACUAAAACCACUAACUAACUAACAUUCACUAAAGAAAACUAAACCUAACUAAAUGAAUUACAUUAAACAAGUACUUCAGAGAAAUUUAAACAACAACAUAAAAACAUUGACAGUAUUUUUCCUUAACUCCUUUAAGAGCAAAGAAAAGUUGUUAAGCUUUUAAACUUCUUCAUUCUAAUACCUACUAAUACCAGUGCUACUCGCUCAGAUACUUCCUGUUCAUUACUUUUUCCAAGCUAAGAACAAAAAGCAUAUAAGAAAGAAACUCUUCAUAUAUACAAAUAUUUACAACAUACCACACACAAGUAUACAAUACAAUUUAUGCUUAAAACAACGCAAAUGUAUACCUAACAUCCCCCUUAGCAGCUUCCACUCAACUAUUUUUCACACAAGUAUAGACAAAUGAAACCAAUGCAAACCAAUCAACAAUCCUCAAAACAAACAUACUUAAUAGCUUAAAUCUUAACUAAAAAUACAAAACAAAACUACACUAUAGAUCGGUCAACAUUAUCUCUCGAUAUGCAAAUGAAUGAUAUGAUGAUGUUUGAAAACAGCAAGUAUUAAUUUAUAAACAAAUAAAACAAAUUUAUAUAAUUACAUACAAAACUAUUAAAUGAAAUUACAGCUUUAAAAGGCAUCUUUUUACUACAAAAAAAAAAAAAAAAAAAAAAAACAUAACAAACAACAUCAUACAUACUUUAUAUAUAUAAAUAUAUAUAAAUACUAAACAAUAAUUAUAUAAUUAAUUAACAAAAACAUAAUUUCGAUUUCUAAACUCUACAUUAAACGCCGUUGAUAACUAAAAAUAAAA